AUGAAGAAUUAUAGCUGCUCCAAAAAGGUAGAGGAAAUUGAUUCUAAUUAUCGUGUUAUUCAUAAGCUUCCCCCUGGUGAUAGCCCUUAUGUCAGAGCAAAAUAUGCACAGCUGGUUGAGAAAGAUCCAGAAGGUGCUAUAGUUCUAUUUUGGAAGGCAAUAAAUGCAGGAGAUAGAAUAGAUAGUGCUUUGAAAGAUAUGGCAGUAGUAAUGAAACAACAAGAUAAAGCUGAAGAGGCCUUUGAAGCUAUUAAGUCCUUUAGAUAUCGAUGCUCCAAACAGACACAAGAAUCAUUGGACAAUGUCCUUAUCGACUUAUACAAGGUGCAUAAACAAAACUCCCCUUGUUUAACCCUAAAUAAGUAA